AUGACAAAGAAUUCAAUGAUUUUCUAUUAUCUGUUUGCAGGAGGCUUUUGCCAUAUAAAAAAACAGUUGGCUCCUGCAGCGCUGGCUCUUCCUGAUGGCCCACAGCGGCAGCGGUACAGCGCUCUGGCCAAGCUGCUUGCUGCAUGCUUAUUGGAUUCUGACGAGGAGCUACGUAAUCAAAUUAAAGAAAUUUCGGCGAAAUUGGAUCAAUAUGACGAAUUUAUUGGAGAAAAUACAAAACGUAUUGAACGAAAUCACCGUAUGUUACGAAGUCUCAAUCUACGCAUUUAUGGUUUCGAUUAUGCGCAAGCCAAACGAAUGGUACAGUUAGAAAAUGGAUCAGCGAUUUGCCAGAUCAGUAAACCACACGAUCUAUUUCUGCGUCUAAUUGUUGAAGGAUUCCACCAAACCGCAGAAGAGGCCCGAUCGCUGCUACUACGAUCCAUAGACUGGACUGGAAGCGAUGACAGGCGUUGCAUACUUUUGUUAAGCAAGAAGAUAAAGAGAAAUUUGAUAAAUGGGAGCGCGCCUAAGCAAGGAGUUUAA